UGCGCCCGGUGCCCGGGGCGAGGAGCGGGGAGCAGCCAUGUCCCCCCCCGCCCAGGCGGGGGUGCCGGGCGGGCGCGGCUCUAAGGGGCCCCCGGCGCGGAAGCUCCUCUGCAUGUGCAGCCUCUCCCUCUGCCUCACCUACCUGUGCUACAGCCUGAUGGGGGGCACCGGUCCGGCCGCCCUGCGCUCCCCCGCCGCGCUCCCUGGCACGGCGGUCCCCGGGGCCCCGCGUUCCCCCGCCGCCUUCCCCGUCACGAUGGCCCCGCGCUCCCCCGCCAGCCCCCCGGGCAGCCCCGCCGGAGCCCCGGCCCCCUCAGCCGCUCCGCCGCGGGCCUCCAACGGCAGCCGGGAAGGGGCGGCGGACACCUGGCUGCGGACGCAGUUGGCCCCCGGGGAGGUGAUCACGGCACAGAGCGGAGCCUUCGAAAGGGACCCGCAGGAGUCGAGCACUACGGACGAGGAGCUGAGCCGGGCCGGCAGCCCGGGCAGCCGCGGCGGCGGCGGCAGCACCACCAGCACCACGCCGGACUACGGGGAGAAGCGGCUGCCGCAAGCCCUCAUCAUCGGGGUGAAGAAGGGGGGGACGAGGGCUCUGCUGGAGGCCAUCCGGGCGCACCCCGACGUGCGGGCCGUGGGCACCGAGCCCCACUUCUUCGACAGGAACUACGAGAAGGGGCUGGAGUGGUACAGGGAUGUGAUGCCCAAGACCCUGGAAGGACAGAUCACCAUGGAGAAGACCCCCAGCUACUUUGUGACCAACGAGGCCCCGCGGCGCAUUCACUCCAUGGCCAAGGACGCCAAGCUGAUCGUGGUGGUGCGCAACCCSGUCACCAGGGCCAUCUCAGACUACACACAGACGCUCUCCAAGAAGCCAGAGAUCCCCACCUUCGAGGUGCUGGCCUUCAAGAACCGGUCCCUGGGGCUGAUUGACGCCUCCUGGAGUGCUAUCCGCAUCGGGAUUUAUGCCCUGCACUUGGAAAACUGGCUCCAGUACUUCCCCCUCUCCCAGAUCCUGUUUGUCAGUGGUGAGAGGCUCAUCACUGACCCAGCUGGGGAAAUGGCCAAGGUCCAGGACUUCUUAGGCCUCAAGAGGAUUGUGACAGAGAAGCAUUUUUAUUUUAAUAAAACCAAGGGGUUUCCCUGUCUAAAGAAGCCAGAGGACAGCAGUGCUCCCCGAUGUUUGGGCAAGUCCAAGGGUCGAACUCACCCCAAAAUAGACCCAGAUGUCAUCCACAGACUGAGGAAAUUUUACAAACCCUUCAAUGUCAUGUUUUACCAAAUGACAGGCCAAGAUUUCCAGUGGGAGCAGGAAGAAAGUGAUAAGUAGAACCACAAAAUCAGGAAAAAGUCUCUUUUGAUUUUGGGAUAUGAAUCAUCAUUUGAGACCCAAAACUCACCUGGGGCCAGAGGCUCAGUCCUGUGUAUAACAAGCUCCUGUGUUGUCAGGGCUGCAGCAGAAGUUGCCCCACAUGUUCAUCCUGGAACUGUAGUGGUCUGUCAGCUUGGGCUGCACUUGGGCUCUCCCCACCAUGACGCUGGGGGUCAGGGGUGGGUGGGAGGAGGAGGAGGAGGYAGAGGGAGCAGAGCUYCUCAGGGUGACRGGGUGCUUUGUGUCUGUGUUUCACUGCUGGUGUCCCUCUUGCAAGCCAGGCAGGCAGGACCAGACCUCCUGCCACGGCUGGCUCCCAAAACCCAGCACUGGGACAAACUCAUAGAUUCGAUUUCUCCUGCCCUGCACUUUAGUUUUGCCCAAACAGCAGCAUCAGGUCUGGUAAAUUCAGGCCGUGUGCACUCACAUGCACGCUGGUCUUUGUGUGUGGAAGGAAUAAAGCCAGUUAUGCUGCAAAGGAACUAUGUACAGGAACUUCAUUUGCACCAGACAUUUCAAUUACUUGUUGCACUAAAACUAGAAUUUACCAAGUGCCACAGACACCUGGCCUGAAUUCUCCUCCAACUGAUGGGCACACCUCCACUGUUGGAAGAGAGUUGUUCCUUCUUUGCUGAGAUGCUCAGUGAGAUCGGAACUGGGGUCCCCCCACGUCCCCACCCUCCUGGAAGCUGAAAGAACAUUCCCAGSCUCCCCAGGAGUGAGCCAGGCUCCCACUGGCCAGCCAGGCUGCCAAGGCACAGUGUGAUGUCCAUGCAGCACCUCCUGGCCAGGCUGUGCUGUGCCCUGCUCCCUGGUUUGGAGCUGGUGGGGACCGAGGGGAYGGCUGCAGGGUGGAAACGUGGGAACAACCCCGGCAUGGGGUCUGACAGUCARGACCCCUGGCACUGCCAUUCAUUUGCACCUUGAAAAUACAAUCCCUGCUGCUUGCUGUGGACAGCUGGGGUCACAGAACAGGGACCAGCCUUCAUCUUACUUCAAAUUACAAGASAGUGGUUUAUUCCCAGAGCAAGCACUGCUCAGCACACAAAACCUGUGCUUUCUGGUGGAAACGGCCAAGUCAACCAAAUUUGCAAAUCCUGGUAGAAAUUGUAGAAUAAACCUAUGUCCCCACUCCAUCCUCCAGUGUCAUGAGAGCUGUUUACUGGGCCCUGCAUAGAACAGGAGCACUGUUUUCACACAGCUGCACAGCUCCACCUCCACUGCUGKGGGAAACAAUGCAGAGAGGGAGCAAAGGUGAAAUGCAGAGCUGCUGAAACAGUCCCUUGCAUGGUGAUUCCUGAGGCACUGAGAUACUGCUGACAGCUCUCUUUGCUCUCUUGAGGGCUAAGACUACCUCCAGCUUGGGGUGUAGCCACAUGAGAGCCCUCUUCCAUUGGGCAGGGCCCCGGCAGAGCUGCAGGACGGGAUUGCUGUGGGAGGACCAGGACUCAGUUCUGAUUAAGGUGGAAGAACUCCCUGCAGCUCCAGCUAAGCAGAUGAAAUCACCGUUGCAUUGGCUGACAAGCUGACCCUGCUCGGGGUUCCAGGGCCUGUCGUGUGGUUCAUUACACCGUGAAAUGAUGCUGGUGCCUUGGAUUGGAUGAGAAGAGCUGAAGCCAUUUGGACAAUUUACUACAUGGCCCAUGCUGGAGGGACGCUGUGAGGUCCCUGCUGAUGGCACGUCAGUUCCCAUCAGCCUGAUCAGAUUUAAAAACAGCUCCUGACAUAGCACAGUUUUCAUAAACCCCCAAAUUAUUACAGGAAAUUUUGAAGUAUAUUAUUAUAAUAAGUAUUAAUAAUUUUAGAGUAUUUCACACACUAUUAAAAUAUCAGAACAGGUCCUACAUGAAACCUGUUGUUGCAUCAUUUGGAUUUGGUGCGAGAUGCUCAGUGGAGAACAAGGGGCUCCAGGCCCAGUGUCCCCCUCACCAGAGGGAUAUCCAGGGUUCUCUGCCUGUCUCCAGUGUGCUCUGACCCCAGUGUGGUGUUGGGGCCCUGAUGGUACUGAGCAGAGGUGCUGGGACCGGUGGCCCUGGCUGCCUGCCGGAGCGGCUCAGCUCUGGGGAUGAUGGUUCCUGGGUGGGUUGGGGAGAUGCUGAGCCUGCUGUGCCCCUCCUGCCUGCCCCUCACACUCACUUCCCUUCAGAAUCUAUUUCUGCCAUAUAUUCAGAGGUUUAUUUUUGAUA